AUGUAUCCCAACUCAAUGAAGCUCCUCCGUCUUUCAUUCACUGCCACCCUAAAAACCUUUCGCCGCCACAUGCUCCGUAACGUCGUGUCGCCGCCGAACGUUAACUCUUACAACGUCGUGAUCCGAGGCUUCGCCGCCGCUGGGAGCUUAGAACCAGAAUCGUGGCCCAACACGAUGAUGAUAUCAGCGAAGAAGAAGGUAGCUGGGUUGAUGAGUGCAAUGACUGAGAAGGGUGUGGAGCCAAAUUCGGAUUCGUUGAAUGAGGUUAUUCAAGGUUUGUGCCGGGAAUGGAGGACAAAAGAAGCUGAGGAGGUGUUUGAGGAGAUGAAACGGAAGGGUUUUGCACCUGAUGAGAAGACUUACACGUCUCUCAUUGAUUUGUUAUGCGACUACGACGAUAAGACUGAUAAAGCUGAUAAGGUUUUGCGUGAAAUGAUUGAUAGAGGAUUUUCACCCUCAGUUGUUGAAUACAACAAGCUUAUUCGUGCAUAUUGCUGUUAUGGGUAUUGCCAAACCCAGAAGCUGGAGAAGGCGCUUGAAAUCAAGAAGGAGAUGGUUGAGAAGGGCUUCUUGCCUGAUGCUCACGCGUAUUCGGUGCUUUUACGCUCGAAGCAAAUACGGUCAAGCAUGUCAGAAGCUUUUGAUCUCUUCCGAGAGAUGCUUCGUGAGGGUGUGGAGCCAAUGGCGUUUUCACUGUCUCUUGUUACUUGCAACGCGCUUAUUCACGGGCUUGGCUUCUUGGGGAGGGCUGAGGAGGCUCUGGCGAUUUUGAGGGGAAUGGCAGAGAUGGGUUUGUCCCCUGAUACUGUUUGUUAUACCGCUGUUGUAUUUGGGUUUUGCCGAAUCGGGGAGCUGAGGAAAGCGUAUGAUUUGAAGCUGGAGAUGGAUGAAAUGAUUCUGAGUCGUAAGUUAGCUAUCCAUCCCCUGUCUGGAGACGUGUAUUGGUCACUUAUGGGCGAAGAAGGCGGCCUGUUGGAUGAGGUUAAUUAUACUAGAGUGGUAAAUGCUUAUUGUGAUGAUUGCUUGAUGAAUUGUCACACUAUGUUGAUUCGCAACAACAUGCUAUCUAUGACUUGA